UGAAUGGAAGGGUGAUCCGUUUCUGAUAAUAAUGGGAUGGAAUAAGCAUGCAUACUCAAAAUUACUCGCUGAAUUAGCUGCGGCCAAAAGAACUGAAUAUUCUGAAUAUUCCGCGGCAAUGCAUAUGUAUGUGCUAAUAAAUAAAUUGUGAAAAGAUGAAUAUGAAGAUGAUAGUUUAUUGAGCUAUUUUAUAAGGUGUUUAACCAUACAUAUGUACAAAUGCCUUCGGAUCAGAUAGCCAAGAAUUUUGCAUUAUGUUCUGCACAACAUAGAUCCCCUAUUUGAAAAUUUAAACACCAGAUGUAACUGUGACUUGGCUGUCACAGAUUCUAAGUACGUGGAAAUAGCUCGAAAAUGUAUAAGUGGAAUCUUUCGGGUCGAAACGAGCCUCUGACAUUUCAAUACAAGCCAGUAACACUUCAGCCAAACAAUCGACUUCCGAAGGAGCUGAAACAAGGCCAACGCACGGAAUAUAAGUCGCUUUCGUAUCACGACAUGAGCUUUAUCUGUGCCACUAACAAUCGGAAAUACUAUGGAAAUGCUAUGGAUACUACGGAAAGCACAGACAGAUAUCUAACUGAUGCUCUAGGUUUAUAUUCAAGUGGAAAGUCUGCGUUUGAGUCGAGCGAACAGAGUAAAGAGAUGCAAUCACUGAAUUCUAGAAUUGAUGGAGCCAAACAAUUUUUGGCGCACAGUGGCAUUUUAGGGACAACCAACUUCACAAGUUCUUGUGACUUAAUAAGGAAAACUUCAAGCAUUCAUAUAGAUGCGACUUUGAGGGACCAGAUAAGGAAAAAAUCCUUGUGCCUGCGUUCAAGGAUUGGUAUCGAAAAGAAUAUAUCAAAGAGCUAUGAUGAACUCGUCACUUCACUUCAGCAUGAAGUCGAUACAUUGAAAGGAAUCAUAGGUCAUGGGGAAACGAAAAUCAUAACACUUCGUACUGAAAUUGGCAAAUUGAAGAGAGCCCUUCAAGAGAUAAUUCACGUCCAGAUGCUAGCUAGUAGCAAUGCUAGUGAUACAACUAUUUGCCUUUUUUGUCAACCUGUUAGAGGGUCGAGCAAAAAUUGAAAUGAAAGAUAUACAUUGUUUUCUUAUGGACAAUAGAAACAAUUAUAUUUAAUUUUUAAUUAAUAAUUACAUUUU